AUGAGCACACGACGGCGGCCAUCAAACGUCAUCUGGAGCGCGGAGCAGGCGGUGGCAGAGCUACACGCGGCCGAGAGCGGCGACGCGCGCGUCGCCGUCCUCCACGCCUACCUCGGGCUCAAGGCAGCGCGGGGCAAGACACGCGCCGAGGUGCGCGCCAAGCUGCUGGCGCUGGCGGGCAGCGUGCCAGAGUACGCCGACGCGUUUGUGCGCGUCAGUGCGGAUUUGGGGCUCGGCGGCGAGGGGGACGACAUGUCGCCUACGCGCCGGCGACAACAGCCUCUACGCUCAGCCACAGCACCAGUCGACGCGUUCCCAGCUCGGCCGUUACCACGUCACUCGACAAGCGACGACGCCGCAGCGCACGCCCUCGCGCACCACCACGCUUCGGCGGGCUUUGCGCGCCGCAGCAGCAGCUCUGCCGCGGUCGUCACAGCUGUCCCAGCCCGGCCCGUGCACCUGCCCGUGGACCGGCAGUGCACCCGCACAGGAGUGAGCCCGCACGCACUCGCGGCCAAGCUCGAGGCGUGCUCGCCGAGCGAGCGCGAGAUGAAGGCUGCGGCCAGCUUGGCGGGCGGAUACGAUGAUGAAGAGGACGAGUGGGAAGCGUAUUACGCGGCGGCCAGUGCUCGCACUGCCGCUCGAGUCGGCGAACGCAAACCGAGUGUACGAAUGUAG